AUGAUUAGGGAAGCGAAUGGCGGACUCUGUUGUGCGAACGGGUUGGUGGAGUAUGGUGAGCCGCAGAAGACUCGAAUUCCACGACCAGAUGCUGGAUCUUCACGGAGGCUAGUUCGGAGGGAGCAGGGAAAGCAGGAGAGGAUUCCUCAGCCGCGGGUCGGCGUUUCGAGGUUACCAGAGCAUAUGCAACAGAUGAGAGCAGCACAGAAGCCUAUUUCUCAACCGCAGGCUGGACUUGUGAGGGGAGUAGUACAGAGGGAACAAAAGAGAGGAAUGUCGAAGCCACUUCCUCAACCACCAGCUGGACAAUGCCGGAAGCCAGCUGCGACAGGACAGAUGAAGAACAGGCGGGUUGAUCAAGUGCAAGCUCCUCCUCUACCGUUGGCUCCUCGAAUGCAGAGUCAGGGUGACCACCUCCGAAAACCCAUACCGAUGGCGCAGAAGGAGGCACGUCGGCCUGGAUUGCGGCGUGUGAAUAGACAGGAGUCGUUGCGGGCGGAUACGAGAAAGGCUGCACAAAUAUAUGGCCAAGAUCGUCAGCGAAGAGACUCAUUCUUGGAGCCAGAGCUCAACAAGCAGUGCAUUAUGACUCCUGGUGGUGGUGAUCCGCGGACCUUUGGAAUGGGUCAUCCGAUUCACGAGCCGCUCUACAAGGAGCCUCCGAUUGAUUGGAAUAGGUGGUCCGAAGCGAUACAGGGCUCCCAUGGUCGACUACCACCCGAGCAUAAGGCACCGCUACCUAUCCGGCCCUUGAAUAUUGGACAAGCGCAGAAUGGCCAGUCGAUCGCUCGAAAACCAGUCCCAAUCACGAAGCCAGAUCGAUUACCGAGAGAGCGGAGUAUGGAACAUGGUUCGCCGUGUGUGUCACCAAUGUCAUCAAACGCAUCACUCAGGGUAGAGGACAUGAUGUCUGAUGUCGGUGGCCAGGUAAAUGCUGCCAUGGGCGACUGGAAUCGACAAUAUGUAUCACGAUAUGUAUCACCUAUGUCGUCACCUAUAGCACCCCCACCGCCUGUAGUCUGCUGGCCCCAGCAGCGGUCGAUCGGGUAA